AUGUGGACUCGUGAACCUCGUCUCUUUAAAUACAACUCCGGAAGUGGAACCAGCGAAUUGAAGGAACCAGAGGAUACUCACACCCACUCGCCAACCAGACACAGCACCCAGCAGGCCGCCAUAUCUGCCGUUCCGGUAGCCAACCCAGCUACACAAAAUACUUGGCAAUACAAAACCUACCAGGGACCCGUCCCUCAGUGGCCAGGCAAACUCGGGGAGCCCAAGUGGCCGCCUCAGGAACCGCCGUUCAUGCAGGAUGUUUAUAUCGAUCCUUACCUGCUCGAUCCAGCCGCCCGGCAUCGCGGUGCUAGACCGUCCUGGGAGGACGUUUCAAUGCCAGACUAUGUUUCUAGCACGACUGGUAGCCGGGCCAUCUCAAGCAUGACUGGCGUUAGUUACGAGCACAGUAAGCACCCCAGCAUCAUCGCGCCGAUUGACGAGGAGGCAUAUACUCAAUUGGUCGAGGCGCUGAGUCCUCCCAAACCUCUCGCCUGCGGCACCCAUGCACCCACCAACACUCCGUCUAGCGUGGCCCCAGUAGGUAGCAAGCUCUCAGCUGCCGCUGAAGCGCGCUCGGCAUCCUACACCAGAGAUGGCAGUCGAUCGUUCCCUCUCAAGGAUAUCUCACAGGCCGGGACCAGAAACGCAUCCGAAUCAAGCGUCAAGUCUAGCCUCUUGCCAGAUCCUUUGGCAGAGACCACGGCAUCAAGCAAAUUGCAUGCUAGCCCUAACAUGAAUGUCAAGAGUAGGAAAGAGGGAAUGUCUCAGGACAACAAGGAAAACGAAAGUGCUGGGGAAACACCGCGCAGGGAGAGUGAAAGAAUCAAUAACACUCCGACCAAGACGGUCAGGCGUUUAAGCGGGAACUUGGACUCUCCAGCCGAGCAUAGAAGGCAGCGGUCCAUUAGUUCAACACGCAGCGAGGGCAUCACGCCUUCUAAAGGGGAAUCGGUCUCAUGCCCGCCCGUACAAGAGUUGCCUGCCCCAGAGGAUGUCGUUCGUCGAGUCGGUCUGGACGAACUCCUCGAUUCUAGCAUUCAGCUAAUGAGCGGCACGUCUGAGGUCACUUCAAUUGAUUGA